CAGUGCCGGGUGUGGGUCAUAUUCCUAGGGGGGUAAUUCAACUAUUGAGUUCGUACUCGUACUUAGGCCGUACCUGAGGUGUUGAUUGUUUCAAUAGUUGGUUAUUUGUUUCAACAGUUGACAUUUUUUCAAUAGUUGAUCCGUAGGUAAAGAUGAUGAUGUGUGACCAAUGUGUGAAUGUGUUUUUUUUUCAAUAGUCAUGUACGCGCCGAUGUCGAUGUUAUACACACUGCGUACUGCGGAUCCGAAAGAAACGCCAUGGGGCCCUCGGGAGGAUCACCUUCUUCUUGGGAUUAUUUUGAUAUUCUACACAGCUUUCUCCAUACUUAUAAACAAAACAGCACCCGCGAUUUGAUGGAUGAGGUGAUUGGUUCCGAUGAUGACUACUGCGAUGCUGAGUAUUUAGAUGAAGCGUACAACCCGGAGAACGACACAUUCGCUCAAUCUAUGUUUAUGUCACCUUCUGCGCCGACAUCAUCAGUAUCAUCGCCAUCACCAACACUGCCAUCAUCAAGCCGCAGGCAUUCCGCUCCUAAAAAGAGAAAACAAAAUGUGCAGGAAAAAUUGUUGGAAUUGGCUAUAAAAGAAAACGAAAAUAUGGUUACUUUUAUGGAGCAUUCAAAGACUACAGAUCUUCAAAUAAUCGAGCUCAUGAAAGAAAAUAACGCGUUGAUGAGCAAGCUGGUCGAUAAAAUUUGAAUUGUGUACUUGGAAAUUUGAACCAAAUAAAACAUGUUCAAAAAAUCAAA